AAGAGCCUUAUCUUCCUCUCCAUCUCUUUUCCUAUCUUUGCAGCAAUGCACCAGCCCCAUAUAUAGAAAAAAAAACCUACCACAAGUACAAACCUUUUUAGUUUUUACACUAUAUCUGAUACCGUACGGUAGAGACGAUCGCAGAGGAACAGAUUAUGUAAUUCAUCAGGACUGGUGGUUCUUAUGAAUUCUGCCAUUUUUGUCGAUUUGUUGGAACUGGGCAUGGCUGCCUUCAUUGCUGUCAAAGCUCAGUGAAAACUUUAUAUUCUGAGACAUCAAACUCGAUUUUCGAGCAGGUCCUUCCAUGCAAAGUUUCAAUUUUCAGUGGUGAAUUUUCUGUUUCCAAUGGAGGUCUUGAAUCUGAAAGAUGUUGGAGCAAACCCUAGCAACAAGCAAGCUGCUGAUAUUGUGGAAAGUGGAUCAGGAAGCACUUCUGCUCCAGCUGGUAGAAGGGAUUCCAUCAACAAGUGGAUGGCAUUCAGAACUGAUCAGGCUUCGGCUGAUCCUAAAAGCACUUCUGCCACUGGUUCAAAUGGAGGGUAUGCUUCCAAUUCCGGCAACAACCAGAUUAUCACAGAGAAGGAAACAAUAGCAGCAAGAACAGCUGAGUGGGGUGUGGUUGUGAAAUCAUCAGACAUUGGAGAAGGAAGCUUCACGGGCGUAUCUGGAAGGAAAACUUCAUCGGGGAGAUUUGAUUCGUCUGCAAGGAGUUCUGAGGACUCAAAUUAUGGGGGUGAGAUGGGAAAUAUUCCUAGGGUAUCUAAUGAGUUGAAGGCAGCUCUGUCAACACUUCAGCAGACUUUUGUUGUUUCUGACGACAAACCUGAUUGCCCAAUUAUGUAUGCUAGUAGUGGCUUCUUUGGGAUGACUGGGUACUCUUCGAAGGAGGUCAUUGGCAGGAACUGCCGAUUUCUUCAGGGACCGGAAACGGACCGGAACGAAGUGGCGAAAAUCCGAGACGCAGUCAAGACCGGGAAAAGCUACUGCGGUAGGCUCUUCAACUACAAGAAAGAUGGAACACCCUUCUGGAAUCUUCUCACCAUUACCCCAAUCAAAGAUGAGAAAGGAAACACCAUCAAAUUUAUUGGAAUGCAGGUUGAGGUCAGCAAGUACACAGAAGGAGUGAAUGACAGGGCACUGAGGCCGAAUGGAUUGCCGAAGUCGCUAAUCCGCUAUGAUUCUCGCCAGAAGGAGACGGCGUUAGGCUCCAUUACGGAAGUUGUCCAAACAGUAAGACAUCCACGUUCUCACAUCCAGGAUGUGCGUCAUGACACUGCCAGCAUUCAUGAGGAGCAGGACAGCCUCAACGCUGAUUAUGUUCUGCCUAAAUCUGCUGCAACUGCAAGUAUGAGUACACCUGGUAGACAAACUCCUCAAUCGGAUGUGAAAGGCGAUAAAUUUCGCAGCAUGAGCUCUCCUAUUGAUGCUGGCAAAAUAUCUCGAAAGUCAGGACGCACUUCCUCUAUUGGAUUUAAAACACGGUCUCUAAGCUCUGCAAGCAGGCAUGAAAAAGAACCUAUUAUUGAACCGGAGGUUUUGAUGACCACAGAUAUAGAGCCCUCUGACAAUUGGGAUGGUACUGAAAGAGAAAGGGAUAUACGCCAAGGAAUUGACUUGGCAACCACAUUGGAACGCAUUGAAAAGAACUUUGUGAUUAGUGAUCCUAGAAUUCCAGAUUGCCCCAUUAUAUUUGCAUCUGAUAGCUUCUUAGAACUGACAGAAUAUACCCGUGAAGAAAUUUUGGGAAGAAAUUGUCGUUUUCUCCAGGGACCUGAAACAGAUCAAGCUACUGUCGCAAAGAUAAGAGAUGCCAUUAGAGAACAAAGGGAAAUUACUGUACAGUUGAUCAACUAUACAAAGAGUGGAAAAAAGUUUUGGAAUUUAUUUCAUUUGCAGCCCAUGCGUGACCAGAAGGGUGAACUUCAAUAUUUCAUUGGUGUCCAACUGGAUGGGAGUGGUCAUGUGGAACCUCUGCGAAAUCGCCUAUCAGAGACCACAGAGCUAGAAGGUUCUAAAUUGGUCAAAGCUACAGCACACAAUGUUGAUGAGGCUGUUCGAGAACUUCCUGAUGCCAACUUGAAACCAGAAGAUUUAUGGGCAAUUCAUUCUCAGCCUGUCUUCCCAAGGCCUCACAAAAGGGAAAAUCCUUCUUGGACAGCAAUACGGGAGAUUACUGCUCGCGGUGAAAAAAUUGGUCUACAUCAUUUUAAGCCCAUAAAACCAUUGGGAUGCGGUGAUACUGGAAGUGUACAUUUGGUGGAACUACAAGGUACAGGUGAACUGUAUGCUAUGAAGGCAAUGGAGAAGUCAAUAAUGUUGAACCGUAACAAGGUUCACCGAGCAUGCAUUGAGAGGGAGAUAAUUUCGCUACUCGACCAUCCUUUUCUUCCCACACUGUACACCUCAUUUGAGACUUCCACACACGUUUGUUUGAUAUCAGACUUUUGCAGUGGUGGAGAGUUAUUUGCUUUACUUGACAAGCAGCCGAUGAAAUUAUUUAAGGAGGAAUCUGCGAGGUUCUAUGCGGCAGAGGUGGUUAUUGCAUUGGAAUAUCUUCACUGUCUAGGAAUAGUAUAUCGCGACCUUAAGCCUGAAAAUAUUUUACUCCAUAAGGAUGGGCAUAUUGUCUUAACAGAUUUUGAUUUGUCGUUUAUGACAUCAUGUAAACCCCUGAUUAUAAGGCAUCAAUCGCCUAACAAGAGAAGAAGAUCGAGGAGUCAACCACCACCAACAUUUGUUGCAGAACCAGUCACACAAUCAAAUUCAUUUGUUGGAACUGAAGAGUACAUUGCUCCUGAAAUUAUUACUGGUGCAGGCCACAGCAGUGCUAUUGAUUGGUGGGCUCUUGGUAUUUUGUUGUAUGAGAUGCUGUAUGGCCGUACACCUUUCAGGGGUAAAAAUAGGCAGAGGACGUUCACCAACAUCCUGCACAAAGAUCUCACGUUUCCAGGCAGUAUUCCGGUUAGCCUUGCAGCACGGCAGUUGAUAAAUGCAUUGUUGCAGAGAGACCCAGACGCACGUUUAGGAUCCAAUACUGGUGCAAAUGAAAUCAAGCAACAUCCUUUCUUCCGUGGAAUUAAUUGGCCUUUGAUUCGUUGCAUGAGCCCUCCGCCAUUAGAAGCGCCUCUUCAACCUAUUGAAAGAGAUCCAAAGGCCAAGGAUAUAACGUGGGAAGAUGAUGGAGUCCUUGUAAAUUUAGCGGAUUUGGAUAUUUUCUAAAGGACAAGGUCUUUUCCCCCAGUCUUCCUGUACAGCAAACCUCUCCUUCGGAGCAUGAAAUUCAAAUCUUUCAGGCGGAAAGAAACGGAUAAGUGAGUUCGUGUCUGGGAUGGGUGCAGUAAGUUGUAUAGGAAACCAACAGAGAAGUAGAACUUACAACGAGCGAUCAUAUUUAACCGCGAAUAAAUGUUAAUUAGAUUGAAAUUAAUACAACUUAGAUAUGAUGUUAAUAUGAAUGCAUGCCAUAAACCCUGAAGUUCAUGUUUAAUUAUAUAUUGGACUCCAUUUACCUUCAA